CGUGUCCCAUUGCCCGUAUUCCCAUUUCUCAAACCCCCGCCCGUCUCCUCGGCGACGCUCGGAUCGGGGGUCACCGCCGCCGCCCGCCGCGUUCCUCCCGGCCCCGGGCGCGACGCCGCCGUGGGGGUUCGUGAUGGUAUCAAUGGCGACGGAGAUGGUCCCCGUGGUGGACCUCCGCGUGCUCUCGCAGUCCGACCUCGACGCCCUCGCCGUCGCCUCCGCGCACGCCGUGGCUCCGGGGAGCUCCCCCGACGCCGAACCCCUCCCGCCUCUCAAGAUCGACCGCGCCGUGUUCAACGAGAGCGCCGGGUCCCGCAAGCAGACCUUCACCCGCCUGCGCCUCGGCAACGCCGCGGGUUCAUCCUCCUCCGCCCCUACCGCCAUCGACACCUCCCCUCCCGCCACCGCGCCUUCAGCAGGGAACGACCCCGGUAACAACCUCAUCGCCUACCACCUCAGAAGCCUCUUCGCCCGCGACGACCCCUCCCGCCCGUCCUCUCCUCCGCCUCCACCCGAAACCCUAGCCCUAGCCCUACUCGGCACCUCCCAUUCGCCGCCGCGCUCACCGUCUCCUGACCCCGACCGGCAGACUACGAACUCCAAGGGGAUCUCUGUUGAUCUGGUGAGGCUCGCAGAGCUCGAUGGCCUGUACGAUGAGGAGUUAGGAAAGCGGACUGCUGGGCUGAUGUCUGAGGCAGAACUGAUGGGAUUCAUCAAAGGACUCGGAGGGAAGUGGGUGAGCCAGAGGAAGAAGAGGAAGUUUGUGGACGCGUCCUUCUUCGGGGAUCACCUCCCUAGUGGCUGGAAGCUGCAGCUCGGGCUCAAGCGGAAGGCGCGCCAAGCUUGGGUGCAUUGCUUAUCUUACGUGAGUCCCACAGGACGUAAGUUUGCUAGUUGCAAAGAAGUUUCUGCAUAUCUUAUGUCACUCCUUGGGUAUCCGGAGGUCAGAAAAGUUCCUAUUCAGCAUAACAGCACCGGACAGCGUGACUUGUGUGACGGCGAUGGUGAUAAUGAUGCUGCUGGAUUCCAACAUCAAGUUGAUUCAGUUGUGGACAACCAAAAUGUGUUGCCGGUUACUUCUGUUGCCUUUUCCAGUCAUUCCAGCAAUUCUCACGGUAAGGUACAAGGGGAUAUAAAUCCAGCAAAUACUUAUAAGUGCCAGGAAUGCAAUUUAACUCUUCAUGAUCAAAGUGCCUAUGCACAACACCAUAUGCUAUUUCAUGAAAAGGGGGCUAAGAGGCGCAGGAAGAGUAGCAAAUUUGGUCAGCCAGUAGCAGGCAAAGAUGGGAAAUUUGAAUGCCCUCUAUGUCACAAGACCUUUGAGGAGCAAUCAUGGUACUUUGGUCAUGUUGGAGCCCAUGCAAAGCAUCACGGGCUUACUCCUGAAGCGUUCUUAGAUAAGAUCUCAUCAGGAGAGAUAGCUGAUGAUUCAUUGACAGGCAUGCAAUUUACCUUUCAGGAGCUUACUGAAUCACGUGAACAAAACGCUAAGACUUCAGGACAAUCUGGUUCUCAGCAUCUAAAUUAUCCAAAAGAUAAAGGGGGUGAUAGCUCAAAAGCUAAAGAAUUUUUUAGCACAAAAUACAUGGAUAAUUUCAAUAGGCCCGUUGAAGCUUGUUCUAGAUCUGAAGAGAUUUCUCCCGUUACAGAUACUCGAAGCGCAUGCAAAUAUAGAAACAAUUCAGCGGACUAUACUGGUGUAACUGUUCCAAAAAUAGCUAAUCAACUGGAUGGCAGGAUUGGUGGCCUUCCUGAAGUUGCAGAUUUUAAUGAUCAAGCUGGAAGUUACAAUGAUUUCAGACCUACUAUUUUGGCAAAUGCCAACCAUUACAAGGACCAAAUUACUGAUCGUGGCUUGGCUGCUUCUAAGCAUGGUGGGGUGAAUAACACUGUGAAAGCAAGAGAUGUCAACCUUAAUUCAUGCCUAGCCACAAUAUCUUUCCCUAUUGCUAGUGCAAACAACGAAACAUCAAUUUCCCUUGAUGACACUAAUCAAUCAUCUAUUGCUGGAAAAUGUUUUAGUGGCAGUUUUAAUAAUAAUGAUGGUGCAUCUACUACAUCUUCCUGUUCUGGAUCGAACAAUAAAGUAUCUGGUUUUGUUGGUGUAUCUAAUGGAUCGUCUAAUGCUUCCAGAUGUGUUAGUGCUAGUCAUGGUGAUGAUGCUGUUGCCAAUACUUUUAGCAACAAGAAUAAUACUAUGGUGUACCACUCUAGUUUGAGCACACACCCUACCUCUCCUGUUGCAACUGGCGUGGAUUGUUUUCCUUCCCGUUCGGCACAUCCAAAGGACAGUGACAAAGAGGGUGCAUACGGUACCCGAAUGGAUGCCAUGCAGAACAGAACAAGUAAUGCAGCUGGAUUUAGUGCUGAAGCUUAUAAUAGUGGUAUCUAUACUGCUGAUGUCACUGGAAGGAAUUGUGCUCAAUUUAAUAGUAGCUUCAGUCACCUAAAACCCAAUACUCCAAGCCGCUGUUCACAACCUGAAUCAAACACUUUGACAGCCAAUAACUUUACCAAGGGAAUUGAUGUCAACUGCAUGAAUGGUUCUUUUGUUCAUAGAAGUGAUGCCAACAACAUGAAGGGUUCUUUUGUUAAUAGGCCCAUCAGCAACAAUGAACCAAAUGGGUACGUGCAUAGCAUGAUGGGAAAGCCGAGUAACGCUAUGCAAAACCAUUACAAUGGAGCUGCUCCUAGCUGCGCCCCACUCAGUGCAGCUAACACUAGUCAGAAUGUCAACGGUCUAAUGUCUAUGCAGGCCAAUUUUGGUAGUAUGUCCACUCUGGUUCAUUCUGUUGGUGAUGUUCCGAGGAGCAGCACAACCAAAGAUCAGUGUGACUUGCAACUUGGAUUUGGUGGCCAGAAGCAGCAGAUAUCGGCUCGUUAUGGAGAUCUCAGCCCUGCUGCAUCUGGAUCCACUCAGCUUGGGGGCAUGGGCAGGAAUAAUAAUUUGCCCGCUGGAUCCUCACAGUUUGGGAGCAUGGCCAGACCUAAUUCUUUGCCUGCUGGAUUCUCACAGUUCGGGAGCAUGGCCAGACCUAAUUCUUUGCCUGCUGGAUCCUCACAGUUUGGGAGCAUGGCCAGACCUAAUUCUUUGACUGGUGGAUUCUCUCAGUUCGGGAGCUUGGCCAGUUCUAAUUACUUGCAAACUGGAUCCUCUCAGUUUGGGCGCAUGGCUGGACCUAAUUCUAUAGGUCCUGCUGAUUCCUCUCAGUUUGGGCGCAUGGCUGGACCUAAUUCUAGACCUCCUGCCGAAUCCUCUCAGUUUGGAAGCAUGGCCAGACCUAAUUCCAGACCUCCUGCUGAAUCCUCUCAGUUUGGCAGCAUGGCCAAUCAGAAUUUUGUCAGGACAUCUGAGCCAACUUUACAGAUGGGAAGUGGCCCUCGGGCCCAGUCAGGAUGGGAUCUGAACUUGUCCAGGAUGGUCAAUGGAGGAGGCAUGACCUUGGAAGUAUGUAUGUGGUGCAACGGCCAGUACCACCAUUUUGGCCCUGUUGAGCAAACGCAGGCCCUCAUUUGCCCUUCUUGCAGGGAUAAGAUGGCUCUUCAGGGUUUGGUGCCCAACGAUGGCUCGUGGCAACCCUGAGAUGGUGCCGCUGUCUUUCAACCAUCUCUGUGGGUGAACCUGAAGACUUGGUGCAUGGUUGGUUUUUGUUCAUGUAUUUGCUACCGUUAGGGUUGAAAUUUACCUGCACAGCCUAGUCUGCCGAAUUCAGUAGCCUAUCUAGGAAUGAUACUUUAUUUGUCGGGCUCCAGAAACUGUAAAGUUCAAUUCCAAGAUACUAGUGCAGGUCUAUGUUGGUAGUUAGAGCUGGAAGAAUUGAGUUAUCUAGACGUAACUGGUUGCAUUUGCCAGGGGAUAUCUUCUGCAAGUGAAGCCCCUAAUUUUCCUGCUCGGAUGCAACAAACUCUUCCAUAGUUUAGUCAUCUUUGUAGUCACAGUUGGAGAGGUUUAAUGUUCUGAAGAAUCUGGUUGGCAAGUUGGUCAGAACGCAAAUUCUAUAUGUCUGCUUAUAAUUUUCUUUUCCUGA